AUGAGCGGCGUUACCAGAUCAGGCGCUGAAUACUACGACAUCCACCUCGGUUUCUGGACCAACUGGAAAUAUGACAAGGUUCGAGGUGCAACGGUGACGAUGACACAGGAAAGCGGAGGUCUUCUCAUCGCCUUCCUGGCCAUCUUCAUCGGCGCCACUGGUAAAGGUCUUUGGCGCGUUUUGUGCCUGCUCCUUCAUCGUUACUUCUCGUCCGCGGAGAUGAAGGACGGCGUGCACCACCAGAGACAGCUGGUCCUUCGAAAUACUGAGACUCCACCGGCUGCUUUGCUGCAGUUGAUCAUGAUCACCCAUGCCUGGAAGGGCCGUGGCGGACGUCCAUUUCUAAGCAACAGUGGAAUAUUCCUUCUGGCAGCCGUCAUCUGGGGAGCUUUUAGUAUUGCAGGUAUCUUUUCCUCUCGUGUGACAACGCAGACGGCGAAUGAGGUUCUCCUCACGGGAAAAGAUUGCAAUAUUAUCAACGCGCCUGAUAACAUGAGUGUGGUGGAAUGGGGUAUCGUCACUCAGCCUUGGCUUAGUUCGAGAGCUACGGCAUACCUCAAUUAUGCACAGCAGUGCUAUACCAACGCCGAGAAUUCAGAGGACUGUCAGCAAUAUGUGAAACCUAAACUCCCCCUAAAGGUCACCCGGGAUCCAUCCUGUCCGUUCGAUAGCAAGAUGUGCAAGGUUGGCUCUCUAACUAUCGACACUGGAUUCCUUAGCAGUAACCACGAUCUCGGAAUCAAUCUGGGUCCAAAAUCGGAGUUCCAAAUCAGGAUUGUCGAUCAAUGUGCACCGCUCGUGUCUCAGGGAUAUCGUUCCAUCCACAACCAGACUUCCUUCCCAGAUAUCCCCGUAGCACGUUAUCACUAUGGUACUGCGAAGAAGUCCAACGGCACGUUAGAUUACAUCUACCAAGUAGCUACAAACUUCUCGUCGAGAAAAUUUGACCAGUUCGACGUAAAUCGUAACCCGAAAGAAGAUUAUCAACUUGGUGUACAACGCUACCUUGCUCGAGUAACCGAUGCUGUCCGAAACACAAAUGCGAUUGAGUUGAUCCCUGAGCUACAGCGUACGGACGCAGACACUUCGAUAUACUUCUUGUCGGCGCCUGGAAUCAACUACGUGAAACCUGUCGAUGACGCAUGGUACUCGGCACACACACCUAAGAUCUUCAGAACUGUAACGGGAUCUAAUAUCACGCUGUACGGUCAAGAUGAACCGGCCAGUGCGUUGGGCUGUAUCCAUCAGGCCCAGGUCUGCAACCCCAACGCACCAGAGAAAGAUCGAUGUCUCCCACUUGCCGGUAUCGCCAGUGGCACAUUACAAAAAUUCCCUGCGUUGUGGGCCAAUGGCACAGCAGAGCAAGAAAUGCUUGCCUGGAUUCAACGAAUAUUCUACAGUCGCUAUCUUUUCGCCAACUCGAUCAUCAGUAAAGCUGGCAUUUCGUCCCUGUCGGCGCGCUUCAACGCCGGCUUCGAAGUAACAGGGCCACUUCCAGAUGACCAGUGGGAAAAUGAAGUCCUUCGAUGGGCGGGUGCAGCUAGCACAAGCUUGCAGGCUCAGUUCGUAGAGACGGCCAUGGGUUCGAGGAAGCAGCUUCCAGAUAGUGUUGUCAUUGCCCCUACGAGUGAUCAUGCGCGAAAGGUCUGCCAAAGCCAACGUAUCAUGAGCACCCGGUACGCGUCCUUCAGCGUCUUAGGUAUUUCGCUCAUCGUAGGCAUUGGGGGCAUUAUCAUCCUACUCGAUAUGUUCCUCGAACUGUUGCUCGAUUACUUCCAGCGGAAGAAUGUUCGUCACAACUACUCCCGCCUCGAAUGGAAAGCGAACUCUACACUUCAACUGCAUCGUAUGGCGCACGAAGUAGCACAUUCCGGCACGUGGUCGAAGGCGACAGAUGCUGUGCCAGUGACGCUACCUGGUGAGGCAUUGGCGGCAGUGGACAUUACAGAUGUCAAGCAUCCAAUAAUAGGUAGUGUAUUGGGGGGCCAGAGACAUCAUGGACCAUCCAGACAGAGUACAGGAAGGACAUAUGAUGAAGCUGGGAAGGAAGAUGAGGCGGAGAAAGGAGGGAUUAGACAUUCUGUGACUGGCCUCACAGAUUCUCCUCCCAUUUCUCCGUUAGAUGAACGUGACGAAAGAUUGAGAUGAUGCUAAGAUUUAAUGAUAGCAAAGUGUUAG